AUGGCCGUUCACGGCGGGUACACGGAGCACAUCGUGGGAAGGGUGUCGAGCCUGGUGGCCGUGUGCACCCGGCGCGUCUCCCGCGCCACCCGCCGCCUCCUGCGCCACCGCCACCGCUACGGCGUCGGCAGCGGCGCCUCCACGGCCUCCUACCGCAGGAGGACGCGGCCCGUCGGCAGCGACAGCUUCUUCACGCGGCCGCGGGAGCAGCAGCAGGACGCCGGCAUGGAGACCACGGACGAGGCGGAGGGCGACGGGGAGGGCGUGGUCUGGCGCCGCGCGAUCCUGAUGGGGGAGCGGUGCCAGCCGCUGGACUUCGCCGGCGCGAUCCACUACGACAGCUUCGGCCGCCGCCUGGCUCGCCCGCCCACGGGCCCGCGCUCGGCGUCGUCGCUCUCGUGCCGCACCUCCAGCAGCCUCGCCGCCUACCUCGAGACGACCGAGGUCUGA